AUGUUUUCUAGAAGUUUACGUUCUGAAACACGCAGCAGAGCCAAAGAAGACCUAAAAAGAGUUCACAAAUCACAUGAACAGGUUCGAAGCUGGGAAAAGAAAUGGGUCGCUGUCAAGGACACUUCAAUGCUUGUUUAUAAAUGGGUACCUUCUCUUAUAAUUGAUAUGGGUCACAGCAAAAAAGGAACAUUCAAUCGUCAGUCAAGUAUAAAUAAUACAUCACAUAUUUCUUCUGGUAUUCUUUCAUCGUAUUCAUGCCAGCAACCUGAACAAGAUAAUUCUAAAGGUUCAGUGGAUACAAAUUCAGAUAAACUUACGAAUCUGAAAAAUGAAGACCAAGGUCCAACCGAAACAUCACAAGAUACAAUUCUAUCGGUUACAGAUGACAUGUGCUCUCAAAAAACAUCUCAUGUGGAUACAGAAAACAAUAACAGUCAAGAAGCUUCACUUGAUGAAAGCAAUGACAUUAUCAUGUCAUCUGAACAAAAGUCCAAUUCAUUGGAUAAUACUAUUGACGACACUGUUAUUUCAGAACCGAUUUCUGUUAAACCUGAGAUUGAUGAAGAUUCAACCAUUGUUAUUGAAAAUGACAGUAUUGUUAAUAAUAACAGUAAUAAUAAUGAUGAUCGAAAUGGAGUUUGUUAA